CCUUCGCCGUAUUCGAUUGUCUCUGUUCAGCAGCAGUCGAACUGAUUAAAUGACUGGAUGCAAAACUCACGAACCAGAACAUCAAUAUCGUAUCUAUGAUUGAGGACAUUACGGGUACCUUUAUCACUCACUACCUCUAUCAUUAUUACUUUUGGGACUGAGAUGCUUUUUUUCUUUAUUUUUUUCUUUCUCUUUUACUUUCUACGUCGUUUCUUUUUCUUCUAUGGACACAAAACUUUGGGAUAAAACAGAUUGGCUAAGCGUGGAUUCGGGUUUUGGGACUGGAUGGGCAUUCGACAUGGGUUAUUUCAGGAUAGAUUGGGCAGGACAGCGGGCACGCUGAAAAGAAAAAUAGACAUUACAAUAGCGGUUUACUCAGGGCAACAAAGACAAAAACAGGAUACAGGAAAUAAUUUGGUAAUGAUGGAUGGAAGGAGGGGGCGAACGUGGAAAUGUCGAACUGCCACGGUUAAUGCGACACGCGGAUUUAAUGCAGGAAAGAUGAAAGGCAUAAUAAUUUUACACAACAUAAGUAAUCCGAGCUCACUUUUGACAUUUGUUCUCAGCGUUCAAUUGUUUCUCUACUAUGUUAGCGCCAUUUCGCUCAGCUUUGUCUCGCGUGCGGGUGCUAAUCUUCGCGUAACGAAACGGUGGCCAUUGCAGCAUGACAAAGACCAUAACCGGCAAUCGCUCUAUUGCUCCAUUCUGUUCUCGAAUAAUCAUCCUGGCUAUAUACGGGGUAAAUAUGAAAGGUCUAUAUUAGGUGAUAUAAUUUUCCUUCUCUUUUUUUCUUUCCAAAAUUUUCACGUUUCUGAAGGUAUCCGCAUUAAAUACAAAGAAGGGGGGCUAUAGCUCCCUGGGGCGAAAUAGGUAGGCAUGCCUCAUCUCGGU